CGCGCGUAGGCCCGCUACGAACCGUCACGCUCACACUACGAAACUUUUCAUACUUUUCUAACUUCCAAGUUUUUAGUGCGCUUGUGAACUUUGUUUUGGCGAGUUUGUGUGUAAUGUUGUUUGUGUGUUAGAUGUCGAACAUGGCUCCCUUGAGAGUGCCGACGGAUUUGUUCACGGACGAUCUUUCGGACUUCUUCAAUUACUCCACGCAGAUACCUCACGAGACGAGGCACCACGGCAGGCACAGGAACCACUCGCAUUCGCACGAGGGGCAUACGAAGAAUCACAAUUUGGUGGAUUUCCUUUCGAAUUCGAUAAUUGAGGCGAUGAACACGAAGCUGGUGCCAGAGAACAGCGUGUUGCCUGACCUGGAGCCGUUGUCGACGCAUAUGGACGGCGCGAUGGACAGACAUUACCCGCUGAGGAUGAACGUGACGCUGAAUAGAUCUGAUUUGGGGGGAGUGAGUGACGAGUUCAUGUAUAGGCAUAGUGGGGCGAUGACGGCCGUGUACUGCGUGGCGUAUCUCCUUGUGUUUGUGGUGGGCCUGAUUGGGAACUGUUUCGUGAUCGCGGUGGUUUACCGGUCUCCGCGCAUGAGGACUGUGACGAACUUCUUCAUAGUAAACCUCGCUGUGGCGGACAUUUUGGUGAUUGUGUUUUGUCUGCCAGCGACGCUGAUGUCCAACAUAUUUGUCCGUGAGUAUUUAGUGUCUUUGCUUCUGUAG